UUCAACGUGCGCGGUAUUGCUGUCAAGUUAGAAACAUUAGCUCCGCAUCCGUUUCGGCAGUUUGCAUCGGCUUUAGCGUUUGUGUGUUUUGAUGUGUGGGAAAAUAUUCCUUAUUUGGUUUCGUGUGUUUAUGUUUUCAGCGUGCUUGAUCCAUUAUUGUAGUUAUGUGCGUAAAGGAAAGAAGUUUGAUCAUUUUCUACUUUGGAAUUAGUUUAUCAAUCAAUCAAUCUUAUGUGAAUUCGAAAAUUGUGAACAGAGCUUUAGAUCGUUAUGGUUUGAUUGAUGCCGAAGUGAAGAGUGCAGACACAUAACAGAGGAAAAAAAUUAUAGGCCUAAGUGAUUAUGCUGAUAACACAGUUUCCUGCAAAGCAUAACCAAUAUUUCAUCAUGUUGUGAGAGCAACUUGUGGCAUGGAAUAAUUCAAUAAAGUGAUACACCACUAACAAUGAAAGCUUCGUAACACCAUGAUAUUUACGCGAUGGAAAGAGUUAGCAUUGCCAAUGAGCUACCGCAAAGUACAAAAGGGUUUCCAGAGAAAUCCGCAUCAAUGAGCAUUUUGUCACAUCACGCGCAUCAACAACAACAUCAACAGCAGCAGGCACAUCAGCCACCAAGGGUGGCCCAGUUGGAAACACUAGAAGCAAAGAUGGCGAAUAUAGAAGUUUCGCUCAGCACGGCUACGCCAAGGAGGCGCAAGGGGACUUCGUUAGGAGGAGGGUCACUUUCUGCCAGAUCAUCACCAAGACCUGAUACCGCUCCAAGCAGAGAGCUGCGAACCGCACUUCAGGAUCGCGAAGCAGUUAUUCAAAACUUACGUCUACAGUUGGGCCUAGGUAAAUUACCGCGUCCAGCGGGACCAGCUUUUGAUGAUACGGAAAGACCGGCCGCUGAACAGAGGCUUUCGAAGUUACGCACCGAAGCGGAAAAUAAGAAAGUAGCAAUUCGGAAUCUUAAAAGCGCACUCGAGAAGUUAGAUAUUACAGAUAAUAUUGAUACACGGAUACGACAAGCUGAACUGGAAUAUGCGCUGGGCCGUGAAGAGUUGCAACUGUUAUCUUUGGUCGAGGAAGCACGUGCUCUUCAGGCGCGCUUGGAUAAAUCAAAACCAGAGUCUAAUUCGUUAUACGGGAUGCUUCAAUCGGGUGUCAAUCUGACUUUUCAUGCUAUUCAAGCAACACCGGGUCGAUGGAAUGCGAGUAUGAGAACCGAUUUUCCCGGAUUUUGGGUAGACUGGGCUCUAGAAGGUGAAGGACUUCAACGGGGUGAUCGAGUUAUUGAAGUUAAUGGGAAAAUAAUACCCGGGAAAACUCGAGAAGAACUACAGAAGCUCAUGAAUACUUCUGGAAAAUGCGAGAUGGUUAUUCUCAGGAAAAAAUCAAUUCCUUUCUCGCAGCAACAAUUGCAGCAAUCUCAAGCUGAUAAUGUUCGAUUACAGCAUCGAAUAUCAUAUCUUGAAGAUCAGGUGAAAGAAUUGUUACUGACGAGGGACAAUACAGAUAGCGGAAGCUCCCAAGCCAGUAUAAUAAACGGAAAUGGAGGAGCGCACGUCACAUCAAUUAGUAUCACAUCGCCGCCCUCGACACCUCCGGAUAACAAACCCCAAAUUUUUCAGCGUGGGUCAUUCGUAACGACUAUUGUGGAUGGUAAACCUGCUAAAAAUCCUCCAAAUCACGAAAGCUCAAAACCGCACCAUGGUCAUGUAACCACAACCACAAUUAUAAAAGAGUGUGAUAAAAUCAAUGGUGAGCUAACAAGUGGCAAUAUUUUACGACACAAUCUUAGAAACUCGAUGUCUUCAUCGAAGAUAUCACUAAAUAGUGAUAUGAGUAAUAGUACUGCGCUAUACUAUCAGAAAAAAGAACGUGAUAAACGAGAACGAGAGGCUCGUAGGUUAGAACGAGAAAGGUAUAUGCAACAGUACGGCUCGAAGUUGCAAAGAAGUAGUAAUGAUUUGCAAAGUGACUCUGAUCGAAGACAUUCACAUUACCAUAGAAAUCAUGCACGAAGUGCGGAAUAUCUUAAUGGUACAUCUGAGAAACGCAAAAUGGCUAUUGUAAGCGACACAUCCAGUACUCGCCGAGAAAUGAGAAGCGUAAAAAGUCUUGAUUUUGAAAGUGAUACUAACGAGCAGUAUGCUUCAGAGCCUUCAGGUCCAAUUAAACUAAGACCAGCACCUCCAAAGAAGCCGUUACGGCUAUCCUUACAACGAGCACAAAGUCUUCAAACUGUUGAUGGUAUUUUAAUCGAUACGACCUCUGAUAAGAAACGCGGCAUGAAACGAUCUCAUCGCAGUGGAAAGGCAUCCGACAUGUCAUCACAUUAUAUAGAGAACAGUGUCCCUCUGCAAACAGCCUCUCUAGGAAGACAGAAAUACAUUUGAGUUUUAUAACUCACGUAGGACCAAAUCUUUCCAUACGUACUGAAAUUAAGUUCCAUCCGACACAAUAAUUCUAAAUGGAGUGCAUUAUUAAAACCUAUGAUGUAUAUUUCUUACAAAUAUUUAAUAAACAAAAUCGGAAUAGCAAUUUAAUCAGAAUUUUUUAAUUUUUAACGCAUCAAUAA